AUGUCGAACAUAAAAGCAGACCCUGCACUAGCAGCCGCUACUGCUCGGCCAGAACAGUUCGAGGUAACAAAUGCACCUCGAAUUGACGAACCAGAAAUUGUCGAAGCUGCACCAGAGGAGCACCCGACUGAUAGCCAUGAGUUGGCAAAUGCAGACCACGAAGAAAAAGGAUAUGCGCAGAUCGAUCAUGGCCAGACCGAAGUAAAGGACUUGGGUUGGAACGAAUCUCCCGCAGAAGUACCAAAUCCUUUGGUAGGAGGAUUACAGAAUGAGGAAUUAUGGACGCUGAUUAGACGAUUCAACAAGCAAAUGUACCAUGUCAAGAAAUUGCCAGAGCCACCUCUCGGGGGUCUAGACCUCAACAUCGCAGACGAAGAAGAGUUCAGCCCUGAUAAACUGAGAGCUAAUAUUGAACGACUUUACAUGACUGUUGUCGUGGGGCUGGUCGGAUUUUGGAAGCACAUUGCAAGACUUCGAUCAUGGAGAGAAAGAAACCGAACAAUUGCAUUCGCAGCCGUAUACUUCAUCGCCUGGGCGGUCGAUUUCCUGGUGCCAGUAAUAAUUUCCUUCUUAAUGGUUCUGAUAGUAUAUCCGCCAGCAAGAACAUAUUGCUUCCCACCUGCGCCUAUUGCUCUGAUCAAUUCGAAGACCGGUGGAAUCAAGAAACCUACAGCAGGUGUGCUGGGAAGUGACAAUAGUUUGACGGGAGCACCUGAAAAGCACCAAGGAGAGGCCGUAGAGCAGGAAGCGAGGAAUUUCGUCAACAGCUUCACCUCAAUCGCCAUAAGUAGUGCUGCAGGUAAGCAUCCCCAAGGCGAUCCUCAUGGAGAAGAAGAAGGAGCAAGCAGUCUCGAAGAUACUGCCCCCGAUCCAACGAACAUGGCAUUAGGCGCCGCAGAAGCAAAAGGAAAAAGUGAAGGAGGCCAGCCGAAUUCUGUGCAUGAUAAGACCAAGGAGCCAAUGUCCGCUGCCAUGUGGUCGAAGACUAGACCUGUCAUGCAUGCGAUUGCGGACAUCUCUGAUGGCUGGGAGAGAUUUGGCAAUGCCCUGUCUCCAACUGCACCAUUUCCAAAGGAGAAACCUCGUCUCAAGUUGGCAGCAUGCCUCGUGCCUGUACUUCUGAUUUCGCUCUUUACGAGCUCCUACAUGUUCAUGAAGAUGAAUGGGCUCUUUGUCGGAUUUGGCUUCUUUGGAGACCCACUCAUCUGGAGAGGACUUUCGUACUUGAAUAGAGAAUUUCCUCACUGGCAGAAACUUUUGGAAAUCCGAAACACUUUGCUCAAGGGCGUCCCCACCAACGCCCAGCUUACUAUUACUCUCCUGCGGAUUGGAGAAGCAAACAAGGCACCUAUUCCUCCACCACCUUAUUCUGGACCACCUCCCCCUGAUGCAGCCCACGAGACUGCUGGUCAGAACCUUGAGCAUCUUGAAGGCGUACCCGAUGAUGAAAUGGCACAGGCAAUCCAUCCUGAUACUGCGGUGACCACAGGCGCAGAUACGGCGCCAAAGAAGAAACAACAUGGUCGUCGCAUCCUUGCUGCUAUCAAAGGUGUCACAAAAGGUGGAGUUGAAACCAUCAUGGGCACAGACAGAUUGAAGGCAGCAGCUGGUGCAGAACAUGCUAAGAAUCGUCUUGGUGUUUUGAGGUCUGGUGGUCCCCGUCCUGCAGGGCCUGUCCAAUUCCCGUGUCGAUAUAAAGGCAAGAAAGGUCAUGCUUAUAUCACAAUCACAGCAACUACGCCUGCUUUGAGUUGGACCACAGAGAAAGAGGACAUAGACCCUGUGUUCUCCAUAGCUAUCGAAGAUGUUGCUGAGAUCAAGAAGGUUGGCGGACUUGGCUGGAAGACUAAGCUCGUUGUGGGGUGGGCGACUGAUAGAGAAAUUGCCGAUGGAAUUCUCAUUAUUGAUAAAGCGGGCGAUAAGAAACAGCUUACAGCUAUUGCUCUUCGAGAGGAGCUAUUUAAUCGCUUGGUGGCGAUGGGAGCUCAGAUGUGGGAAGCCUGGUAAGAUUUGAGCCCGUGAUCCGAGUCUGCUUCCUCUCUUGGACUUUUACAUAGACAGAUACCACAACUGCGAUGAUACGUACAUAGGAC